CCAACGCCACCGGCCGCCCACUUCCCGCCGGCCGAAUCCUCCCACGCUGCUUCGUCCUAGCUCUUUCCAACAGCCAUCUUGAAGCCCUGCCGGCGUCCUCUCGUCCCCCAUCAGGUCACUGAGGCUUGCCGCAGCAUUGAGCUGGCUUCGUCCAUCAGGCUCGGGGUAUGCACAUGUCGUGUUCGAUGAAGUGCCUAGCAAGAAAUCCUCCUCUGUGCGCUCAUGCCAAUCACAUGCUCUGCAAAACUGAAGACGUGUUGAGCUUUUGGCAGGUUGUCAUUGCCAUACAGAUGCACUUGUGGCUCUUGAUGCAGCUUCGUAUAUUCUAAGGAUUGGAUUUCUAACAUACAAACAGCUGGCAUCAAUCAUAUUCGGUCCAGGAAACAUGCAUGCCCUCUCUGUGCGGCUGAGAAUAUUGUCUGGGAGUGGGACAUUUCAGUAUGGUCCCUUUAUGUGUGGUGUGCAGCGGAGAUGGAAGAAGCCAGUAGAUUCAGCAAGAACCCGUCUGGAGGGCAGAACAAGGGAUCAUAGGCUGGACAAGCUAAUGGUUCAACUGAGAAACUUGAAGCUGGCCUUGGCUGUAUGUGAGUUGAUAUCUCAGCAGAGGAAUGAAUAUGCUUCUCUCCAACUUCUUUCAAAGUGGAGACAUGAGGUCGGGUUGAACAUUGAGAUUGGCGCUUUCCUCAAGAAAUAUCCCCACAUUUUCCAGAUUUACAUGCACCCUGUGAAGAGAAACCAUUGCUGCAAGAUCACACAAAAGAUGACUGACUUGAUUGCAGAGGAAGAGGCAGUGAUCAGGGAGAAUGAGACCAGCAUAGUUCAGCGGCUGAAGAAACUUCUCAUGCUCUCUACAAAUGGAACUCUGAAUAUGCACGCAUUAUGGCUAGUAAGAAAGGAACUUGGGCUGCCUGAUGAUUACAGGUCUUCCAUGCUACCCAAGUAUCCAUAUGAUUUAUAUCUUGAAACCCCUGAUACUCUGUCACUUGUCUCUAGGGAUGAUGAAUUAGCUGUAGCUAAGAUUGAAGAAUGGAGGAAGAAAGAGUACACUGAAAAAUGGCUAGCUGAAUCGGAGACAAAAUACACUUUUCCAAUCAACUUCCCUACUGGAUUUAAGAUUGAGAAAGGCUUUAGGGAAAAACUGAAGAACUGGCAGAGGCUUCCCUACACCAAGCCUUAUGAGAAGAAUGAUUUGCAUCCAAUCCACAAUGUGGAGCGGAUUGAGAAACGUAUUGUUGGUAUUCUUCAUGAACUGUUGAGCCUUACAGUAGAAAAGAUGAUACCACUUGAGAGACUGUCGCACUUCAGACGAGUUUUUGCUAUGGAAGUGAACUUGCAGGAGCUUCUUCUUAAGUACCCGGGAAUUUUCUACAUCUCGACCAAGGGAAGUGCCCAGACAGUCAUUCUGAGGGAGAGUUACAGUAAAGGCUGCCUGGUUGAGCCAAAUCCUGUAUACGAUGUGCGAAGGAAAAUGCUAGAUCUGAUUUUGUCUGGAUGUCGUAACGUUGGUGAACUGGAAAGUGCAGCUUGGCUUGCUGAGGAGUAUGAUCAGGGAAGCUGUCAUGAGUUGCAUAACAACAUGUGCCAGGUGGAUACCAUACUUGAACUUGAAACUGAUAGUGACUCUACAGAAAGAAGUGUAUUACGGUCUAUGGAAGAGCUCCGGUACCAACAUUUCUGUGACACACAAGAAAAGAGUGAAUAAGCAAUUAAGCAGACUUCAACAUGUAGGUGUAGUUUGGGCCUCUUGGUUACUAGACGCGGAUGGUAUCAACAGGCACCGUUCUCACAGUAUCUUCAUUUGAUCUUGCUCUGGAAUGGAUCUGUUCAAAUCCGUGGCAGACAUGUGAAGCAUCACCACAGUUCAGGACUGUGUUAAUGCUUCACAUGUCUGCCAUGGCUCUGGAAUGUACUUGCUGUGGACCUGAUGUUCUUGUCAGGAUUUGGACUUGUGCCGUCCCUUGUAAUGGACUACGUAAUGGUUAUUAGUGAAUUCGAUGGUGUCCUUCGUGACACCAUUUGUGAUAUGUAACAAGCUAUGUGGUUUAAUCUG